AUGUUUGAUCAACCGCACGCGAAGUUUGUCCAGCCGGGCUCGCCGGCCUCCAAGCCGGUGGCCCGCAAUGCCGAGGCGCGACUUGCCGUGGCGCCGCUGUACUUCGGUUCAACCCGGCCCGGUGCCGGUGCCAAUGCCGACGCGGUUGCCCCGGCGGCCGCUGCCCCGGCCCCGGCGACCGCGGCCUCCCCGGCCAAGGGCAACGUUGUCCUGGUGAAUGUCCCGCCGAGCGCCAGCUUCUCCAGCACCACCGGGCUCAUCAUCCUGGACUCAAUUGAGACCGCCACCCCGGCCAUGCCCAUGUCCUCGCGCAUUGUCCCGGCGCCGUACUCCAUCCGGUCGCUCGGUCGGAGCUCCUCCGCCGGGUAUCAGGUCCCCUCGGCCCUGAUGCCGCAGUCGACCGCGCUGGAAACCAUUGCCGCCGCUGCCGGCGCGACAUCGGCCCGUGUGGUCGCCCCCACCCCCGCCGCCAGCAAGGCCACCGCCCCCAAGAUGGGCACCUCGUCCGUGGGCAAAAUCACCGUCCCCAGCGCCAAGCCUGAGCCAGUCGGUCCGUCGUCGCUCUUCUCGGCCAAGAAGGCCGACACCGCCAGUGUGGCCGGCUCGGCCGGCUCCACCUCCGUCCCCGGGCCCGCCCCGGAGUCCGCUCGUCCGGGUGUCCCCGCUGGCGGGGCCGCGGCUCCGAAGCCGGCCACCUCGACCGCCGGGCUGACCCCGGCCGGAAUGGCCGCGACCGCGGCCAUGGCAGCCAUGGCCGCCAAGGCCGGCACCCCGAUGGUGCCUGGCGCUGCGCCGAUCGCCACUUCGACCGGCGGCACUCAGCCGGCCACUGUCCCGGCGGCGGCCACGGCCAAGGCCCCCCCAGCCGCUCCUCCAGCCGACGAGGGGAAGUUCCUCUUCCCGGCGCCGGUGUCCAGUGAUUUCGUCCCCCCCCAGGUGAACCUGAGCAAGGUCAUGAGCGAGGCCGACAAGCACCAGUCCGCCUUCACCUUCCCGCCGGCGCCGAAGAGCGACUUCUCGGGUGGCAUGUCCGCUGGCUCGUCGGUCCCGGCCGCCCUGCCCCCUGGACAGUUCUUCUUCGGGGAGCCUCCCAAGUUCUCGGUGGACCUGCCCGACUCGGUCCUGGGGAGCAUUGUCCCUGCCACCGGGCGGACCUUCGACUUUGGCCCGGUGCAAGCGUUUGCCCCGCCGGGCAGCCUCUCGGAGGGCGGGUUCUCCUUUGCUGCGCAGCCCGCGGCGGCUGGCAAGGCCCCGGCCGAUAAGGGUGCCCCUUCGUGCAAGGGCACCGGGCUCAGCUUCUCUUUCGGCAGCGCCGGCCCCGGUGCCGACAAGCCCCCGAGCACCGGUGGCGGCUUGAGCUUCGCCACGCCGGCCACCGGCAAGGCCCCGGAAGCCAAGCCCGGCCUCGAGGCCGGUGGUUUCCCCGGGGCUCAGCCCAAGCCGGCCGGGUUGUCGUUUGGCGCGCUGGCCGCCGAUCAGGCGCCAGCUGUUGGUAGCAGCUUCCCCAUCGGCGGCAAGCCCAGCGCCGAUCAGUCCUCGCCUCAAAAGGCACCGGUGGUGGCGGCCGGCCCUGCUGCGACUUCCUCGGCCGCGGUUGUGGCGCCCAUCUCCAACCCCAUCAAGAUCGACACCGCCCCGGCCGGGGGCUUUGCCUUUGGCAAGCCCACGGAGCCGGCCACCGGGGAUGCUGACAAGAGCACCAGCAAGCCGACCUCCCCGACCGGGGGCUUCGUUUUUGGCUCGUCGCCAGCCACCGGCUCCUCCUCCUUCACAUUCGGGGCCGUGUCGUCGUCGACGCAGUCGGCCAGCGCGUCACCGGCCAGCGCUGGGACCGCCAGCGAGACCAGCCCCUCGAACACCGAUGACAGUGUCUCGGGCCAGUCUGACAGCGGCGAGGAUGACUCCGAGGAUCCCGGGUCUCCUGGUGGCAGCGAUUCGAGCGGCAGCCUGGCGUCGCCCUUCGGCGCGGUCAGUCAGUCGCCCUUCGGCUCGGCGCCGGUCUCCGGCGCCAGUCGGUCCUUUGCCUUUGGGUCGACCUUCUCCCAGCCCGGGUCGCAGGCCAGCAAGAAGCCGGUCUUUGGCACUUCCUCCGCCAGCCCGUCCAUGCCUUUCGGUGCGACGCCUUUCGGCUCCGGCGCCGGCUCCUCGGCCGCGACCCCGGCGGCCGGCUCCGGCGUCACCGCCUCGGCCAAGCCCAACCCCUUCACCGGCUCCUUCAAGUGA